UACAAGGAUAAGAAUCCUAUGAGAGAAGUCACCGCGUGCAUUAUCAUGGAACGAAGAGAAGCCUUCUGAAGAGAAGAAUUAUUAAAGAACUCAGCGCUCCAUGGAAACAGAAUCUUGGACAAGGACUCGCAUUCCCAGAUGCCCAAGCUAUACGAAAAGAGAUCACUCGACGAGCACCAUCUGGGUCACCGAUUCAUCAUUCUGCAUCCGAACUUGCUUUCUGUUUGCUCUGUGAUGGGCCGCAGUCAAAUCUCAACGUAGAAUCAAUGGAGCAAUGAUCGAAGAAAAGGUUGGUUGUCAUGACCCAGCGUGUUGGAGAGAUGUGUUCCAUCUCGAAAGCAAUAUUUCGGCAACUUUUCUGCAUAACGCGGAGUCAUGAGAGUGAGGGCAGCUCGAGGAGAGGUCCGACUGAAAAGUUUCCAGUGAAAAAAAUGGAGACUAAAACAACUUUCUUGGAGAUGGCGAUCAAGGUAGAUUUUCAAUUUGGUAAGAUCAAUUUCUUCGUUGUUUCUUGCCUUAUUCUUGCCCGAAAUUAGUGGCAGCGUUCUGUGCAUAUUGUUCUUUCUCCUCGGGCUCCCUUUGGAGGCUCACGCCGUCCUUUCAGUGCAUGACGCGCGAGAAGAUUCAAAAACAGGAUGGGAAGACCCCAUCAAGUCGUAGAGGGAAGGAACAUUUGAUUAGAGAGUAAGCUGUAAAGGCUACUCCACCAGGUGCUACUCACAUCACACUAAUAUUUGACUCUCACCACAGCCUACGCGAUUUUUUUCGAGCCGAAUGCGAACUAUAAAUCAUAAAAGGAGAGAGAAACGAGGAAAAGGGAAUUCCUAAUUUAGCACAAAUCCAAGAUACGGUCUCGAGAAGCUCGCCGUCUACAAAGCUUCUUGGCCUUCUUGAAGCAAAUGUUUUCUGUUCCUCUCUUGGACUGGAGUGCAUAAGAAGCCACAAUCGGGGUGAGGUUUUUCCACCUAUGUCGUAGGGGAGUCCUCGAAAUACGCUAAGAGAAAUCAGUGAAACCAUUUCGUACCCAAGACUUUCAAUUCAACUACUUUUACAUCUUAGCUGCCUGUCUUAACAACCGUAACGCAACAAUCUUCACAUGGUCCACACCGAAGCAAUCAUGCAAAGUGCAGAAGCCACAGAGAAACACCAACCAGUGCAGCCAAUGAACUUUGCAAAACAAGAAGUUCCUGGAAUGGAUCCGAAUAUAAAGAAAUGGUCAUCCAACUGUUGGAGCCUGCACGAAGAAGCUCAACGCACUGGAGAAAACAGGAGGAGAAGUUUCAGGUUGAGUCCAAAUUUCCCGCGGUGGCCUCUCUACGAAGAAGGGGACGCAUGUACUGCACGGAAGCAGCCCAGCCACCGAGGCAAAUGUGGUCGUUGCAAGCCUGCCCUCUUCUCGUUCCCGCUCUCGAGUGGGAAGAGGACAAGAUACGAGAUUCAAUUUGAGAGGAGUGGUGACGAGAACGAGCGACGAGGAAAGGAAAAGAGAAAGGUGGAGGCAGUGUUGCAGAAUCUCGGAACAGGUGGCUUGAGAUCAGGGACCACUUCGGGCGCAUUCGGGAAGCAGACGAAGAGGUUAGCUCACUUCCCCUCUCAUCGAGUUCUUGGUCAGUCGUUUUCUGAGCUUUUGACAUCGGUCUCUCGUAUGUCUUGUCGAGGUGGCACCGAAUUACAUGCUGUGACAAGUGCUUACGCUUCUGCUAGUACUUCCAAUGAUCGAUCGACUAGGACGGCCAGCAUAAUUGUUGUUACCGCUUUCUGGAGCUUUGGUUGUACAUGUAGUCCCCGAGAAAAUCUCUGA